ACAUUGCUCUUGUGGCGGGAAAAGAAACCUAGGUUUAUACAUACUGCUUCCUGUGCUUGUUUAGGGAGAGAGGGAAGAGGCAAUAGCGAUGGCGGAUGACAAAGAGAAAGGAGCAGCAAUGCCGGAAGUGGAAGUAGAAGACCUGCCGAAGACUAUCGUUCGCCGGCUAGUGAAGGAUAAGCUCUCCCAGCUCUCUAAGGACGGUGAGAUGUCACUUCUCCGCGAGGCUCAUCAAGCCUUCUCCGAGAGCGCACGUAUCUUCAUCCAUUACCUCUCUGCUGCUGCAAAUGAUGUAUGCAUGGAGUCUAAGAGGCAAACGAUGAAUGCAGAAGAUGUUUUCAAGGCUCUUGAUGAAAUAGAGUUUAGUGAAUUUAUUGAUCCUCUCAGAGCUUCUCUUGAAGAGUUUAGGCAAAAACAUUCUAAAAGGAAAGCAGCAGCAUCAAAGUCAGUGGAAUCUAACAAAAAGGCUAAGAAUGAAGAGAAACCUGCUGAGAAUGGAAUGAGUAAAAAGAAACAGGAAUCUACAGACAACAAAAAGGGUAAGAACACCAAACCUGCAGUGAAAGAAAAUGGUGCAAGUAAGGCACAACCGGUCGGAAGUGAAGAGAAAGAUGGAGAAGAAACCAAUGAAAGUGAAGAGGAUGAUGUACAAGAAGGCAAUGAAAGUGGAGCGGAAGAUGGACAAGAAGGCAAUGGAAGUGAAUCGGAAGACGAACAAGAAGGCAAUGGAAGAGAAGCAGAAAACGGACAAGAAGAAAAUGGAAGUGAAGCAGAAGAUGGACAAGAAGGAAAUGGCAGUGAAGAGGAAGACGGACAAGAAGACGAUGAAAGUGGGGACACUGCUGAUGAUUGAAGAGGCAUUUCAUUCCUAUAUUGGGGAAAAUGGCAUAAUUUGAAUAUACUUUUUAUCAUAUUAUUAUUCCCCACCAUGUUCACAUGUUGUGAAGCUGGUAAAUUAACAGCAGACACUCUGAACUCUAUAAGCCUUCUCCUCUGGUUGCAUGGUGAAGUAGUAGUCUAGUAUUGAAGGGGCUGAGUAAAUGAAAUAGUUGUAAAUUUUUUUCAAGAUUCCCUAUGUGAACUUUCCUUUUCCCUGUAAUUUGGUGCCAAUUUUUGAGGUGUUAUGCAGGUUUUCUUACUGCAUUUCAUAUUCAUGUGAAUGGUGAUAUUUUGUUCAAUUAUUAAUA